CGGCCGGGCCCCGGUGGUGGCAGCGGCGGCGAGGCGACCCGCGGUGGCCACGACGCGGAGCAGCGGGCGGCGGAGCCAUGGCAGGCUGCUGCUCCGUGCUCCGGGCUUUCCUGUUCGAGUACGACACGCCGCGCAUCGUGCUCAUCCGCAGCCGUAAAGUGGGGCUCAUGAACCGCGUGGUGCAGCUGCUCAUCCUGGCUUACGUCAUCGGGUGGGUGUUCGUGUGGGAAAAGGGCUACCAGGAAACGGACUCUGUGGUCAGCUCGGUGACAACCAAAGCCAAAGGUGUGGCGGUGACCAACACUUCUCAACUUGGAUUCCGGAUCUGGGACGUGGCCGACUAUGUGGUUCCAGCUCAGGAGGAAAACUCCCUCUUCAUCAUGACCAACAUGAUCGUCACCGUGAACCAGACGCAGGGUACCUGUCCAGAGAUUCCUGAUAAGACCAGCAUUUGUGACUCAGACGCCAACUGCACUCUUGGCUCCUCGAACACCCACAGCAGUGGAAUUGGGACUGGAAGGUGUGUUCCAUUCAACGCCUCUGUGAAGACCUGUGAGGUAGCCGCAUGGUGCCCAGUGGAGAAUGACGCUGGUGUGCCAACGCCAGCUUUUUUAAAGGCUGCAGAAAACUUCACCCUCUUGGUAAAGAACAACAUCUGGUACCCCAAGUUCAAUUUCAGCAAGAGAAACAUCCUUCCCAACAUCACCACCUCCUACCUCAAGUCGUGCAUUUAUAAUGCGCAGACGGAUCCCUUCUGCCCCAUAUUCCGGCUUGGCCAAAUCGUGGCGGAUGCUGGCCACAGCUUCCAGGAUAUGGCAGUGGAGGGAGGCAUCAUGGGUAUCCAGAUCAAGUGGGACUGCAACCUUGACAGAGCUGCCUCCCACUGCCUGCCCAGGUAUUCCUUCCGGCGCCUCGACACCCGGGACGUGGAGCACAACGUGUCUCCUGGCUACAAUUUCAGGUUUGCCAAGUACUACAGGGACCUCGCUGGCAACGAACAGCGCACACUCACCAAGGCGUAUGGCAUCCGCUUUGACAUCAUCGUGUUUGGGAAGGCUGGGAAGUUUGACAUCAUCCCGACCAUGAUCAACGUUGGCUCCGGCUUGGCCCUCCUAGGGGUGGCGACCGUGCUGUGUGACGUCAUCGUCCUCUACUGCAUGAAGAAGAGAUACUACUACCGGGACAAGAAAUAUAAGUAUGUGGAAGACUACGAGCAGGGUCUUUCCGGGGAGACGGACCAGUGAUGCCUAACCCUACAUUUCAACCCCACUCAGCCCGUGACGCAGAAAUAUGGGAGACGUGGCUGCUGCGUCUGCCGCUCUAAAGAAGGUUCCAGAGUUUCACUCCGUCUCCACUCCACAAAUACUCAGGGUUGCCCAAGCACGUCUUGUAUUGUUUUUGUGGGGUUUGAGCCCGGGUCCUGCUCUGCAUCUCAGAUGGGCUUCAGAUUCAAGAUCCUCCUGCCUCAACCUCCAGGGAUGCUGGAAUCCCACACGUCCACUUCCCAAGGGAGUUCUGGCAAUUCUACAUUUUACAGUUUCACUGUACACAUCUCAGGCUGGCCUCGAACCCCAAGACAUCCAAGAAACCCUUUUAAUCUCAUUGUGUGUAUGGGGGUGGGGAGUCAUUUGCACACUGGAUUUCUGGUGUGCUGUUGGCUGGGUCGCCUGUUGCUUAUACAAUGUGAGCAUACUGAGGUAAGAGGAGUUUCAGAGCAGAAAUCCAGAGAGGCCCAGUCCUUGCAGGCGCAGCAGCUCUGUCCAAGCACUUUAUAAGGAAGGAGGCUCCCCGGGUGCCGUCCGGAGGCCUGGGAUACCGUUCCUCUUCCCUAUGACCAGAGAAGUUGUCCUUGGAACAAAGGCAGGGUUGGCUUUUCCUUUCAUGAGGGCUGUGUUGAAAUAACCUAGGACCAAACAUUAAAGGAAAUCUUUUUUU